GGCCUGGAAGCAACAAACCUCGCAGAAAUGGGCUCUAUACUCUCCGAUGACCCAGGCGCCGCUGCUGACGCAACGAAAGAUGAAUUGACCGAACUCUUUGCGCCCUCUGCUCCGUCCGGGCUCCCCGCCGACAUCUUAAUGGAGCUGCAAUCUAUUAUGCGCGUGCAUAGCAUCACGGCGCAAGAACUGUUUUACCGUUGGGAGUCGUACUGUUUGCGCAUGGGCUCUGAGGAAACGAAACUUGAUCUCGAGACUGUGAGACUGUUCAAGCGUGAUGUGCAGGAGAAUCUGGAACGACAGGCGAGGGGACGACAGCAGGUUGAGAAACGCGGUGGAGCUGCGGCGACGCCAAAGGCUAGGGAUAUGCCUGUUGGAGGGGGAACAGUAGCGGCAGAUGUCUUUGGGAUGUUGGAUGGAUUGACGCCUGCGCGAACACCUGGUGCUGGAUCAGCAAAGAGGAAAGCGGAGUUCUCGUCUCCCUCAAAGACGAAUUCUCCUCUUGCUUCGAAGACGAAUGUUGCGAAUGGUAAUGGAGAGGGGUUACAGUAUGUUUUGCGCGUUUUCGCUUCGAGUACUAGUUGUGCAUGUAUAAUGUCUGACUUGUAUAGGUCUGUUCCUUUCUCAGAACGUCAGAACCCCGGUCAGACGAUUGAAACUAUCAACGAGCACCUGUCGAUGCCGGAAACGCCUAUGGCGCCGCCGUCGGAGCCUCGCAUUCGCCCGGCUGCGAACACAGAUCUCAAAAAGUUCGGAUAUAAACCCAUGGCUAUGCGCCUUUCAGAAGCAUCUGAGAUUCUGGAUGACCGAAUUGAUGAGUUCAUGACUAUAUUCGAGAAGAUGUAUGAGAAGGAGGAUGUCACAUUUGGAAGUGCCGCUGUUCAGAGCACAAACGAGAUUGUUGCCGUUGGCCGUAUUGCCUCUGAUAGCCCGGAAGGGAAGCUCAAUCCUGCGUCUCUUGUGCUCGAGACGUCGAGACGUAGCGGAGCUGGGCGAAGGGUUCCUCUGAAUGUCGACUCUAUUCCAUCAGUGAACUUCUUUCCUGGCCAGAUUGUCGCACUGUUGGGAAUCAAUGCAUCAGGAAAUUAUUUUUCGGUCAAGGAGGUCCUUCCACCACCGCUGUUGCCGCCAGCCGUAUCGUCUGUACCUACGAUUGAGAGCACUAAUGAGCGAUUAUCGGAAGGAGGGUCUUCACCCUUGAAUGUAAUGAUCGCUUGCGGGCCCUACACCGCCGACGACAAUCUGGACUUUGAGCCGUUGAAGGAAAUAUGCCACAAAGCUGCAGAGGGCUACGCAGAUGGGCUCAUACUGUUAGGGCCGUUCCUGGAUCUUGAACAUCCAUUGCUGGCAUCGGGUGAUUUCGAGCUCCCAGAAAGUAUCGACCCGGACACGGCUACACUAACCACCGUUUUCAAACACUAUAUUUCCACACCGUUACAACAACUCGCCGCCGCCGUCCCAAGCAUCACAAUUGCGCUCGUCCCGUCUGUUCGGGAUGCCGUGAGCAAACACGUCUCAUGGCCACAAGAGCAGCUACCUAAGAAGGAACUCGGACUGCCCAAACAAGCUCGCAUGGUGUCCAACCCAGUGACCUUCUCCUUGAAUGAAACAGUUAUCGGAAUGUGCUCGCAUGAUGUACUAUAUGAGUUGCGGAGGGAGGAGGCUCUGCACGGGAAACCGAAAGAGGGUAACCUUCUGACUCGUCUGGUGAAGUACCUGAUCGAACAGCGCCACUUCCUCCCCAUCUUCCCACCUUCAUCAAGAGAUGCGCUUCCAAGGCCAGGAUUUGAAGGCGGGCUAGCGACGGGUGCCGCGCUGGACGUAAGCUACUCCAAGCUCGGUGAAUGGUGGAACGUACGGCCAGAUAUAUUGAUAGUCCCUAGCAUGCUGCCGCCGUUUGUCAAGGUGGUUGACAGUAUCCUCACAAUUAACCCUGGCACGCUCUCCAAGCGACGAGCAGCGGGAACCUUUGCGCAGAUGGCCAUCCAUCCGCGCGUCGUGAGCGAGGAAGAACGGGAACAAAAGAACAUAAGCCACAAGCUAUACGAACGGACACGGGUAGAUAUAAUCCGGAUAUGA